AUGUCAACGCCAGAGGUCCCACCUAAGAAGCAGAUCUUGCUGAAUGCUUUCGACAUGUCAACUGUCGGGCAUCUGUCCGUUGGACACUGGAAAAAUCCGACUGACAGAUCAGCAACAAAGCGCAAACUGGCAUAUUGGGUCGAACUAGCAAAGCUUCUUGAAAGAGGUGGCAUCAGCGGGCUAUUUCUUGCAGACACAAACGGCGGAUUCGACAUUUAUGGUGGGGAUGUAGAAGAGAGCAUCAGAAGGGCAGUUCAGUGGCCAGUAACCGAUCCAUCUAUUCCAAUCACAGCAAUGGCGGCCGUGACCAAGAAUCUUACCUUUGGCAUCACAGCAUCAACAUCUUUCGAGUCUCCUUUUGUUUUGGCAAAGCGAUUCUCGACCUUGGAUCACAUGACAGAUGGCCGUAUUGGCUGGAAUAUUGUCACAUCGUGGAAGAAGUCUGCAUUCAAUGCCAUUGGCAUUGAUCCUAUUGAGCAUGACCAGCGAUAUGCCCAAGCUGAUGAGUAUAUGAGGGUUUUGUACAAACUCUGGGAAGGCUCAUGGGCCGAUGAUGCGCUGCAGCCUGAUGUGGACACAGACACAUAUAUUGAUCCAUCCAAAGUCCGCCAUAUCAAUCAUCAGGGUAAGCAUUACAAACUGUCCACCCGCCAUAUCGUGGACCCCUCUCCUCAGCGAACGCCUUUCCUAUUUCAGGCGGGCGCGUCAGCUGAGGGUAUCGACUUUGCAGCCACUCAUGCAGAGGGCAUUUUCGUGUCAUCACCCUCACCCGAGAUCCUUCGGGCGCAGAUUGAGAAGAACCGCAAGAUUGCAGCUGAAAAGGGGCGUGACCCACGCUCUUUGAAGUUCUACCUCUCUUUUACUCCCGUUCUUGGAAAAACGGACGAAGAGGCCCAAGAGAAGUUUGAGGCGCUCAAGAAGAACGCGAGUGUCGUUGGCGGCCUGGUUCUCUUCAGCGGGUGGACUCGCAUCGACAUGUACAAACUCCCACUCGAUGAGGACAUCACUACGGUGGACUCUGACGAGGCCAGGAAGCUACGUAACAUUUUUAAGCCAACGGCCCAGACACCCGUGUGGACUGCUCGUCUGAUUGGUGAAAAGGCUGCUAUGAGUGACAUCUCCCCCUCUACCGUUGGGUCUCCAGCAACUGUAGCUGAUGUAAUGGAAAACUGGAUCAAUGUUGCUGAUUUGGACGGCUUCAAUCUCGGAUAUGUCACGUCGCCAGGUUCGUUUGAGGAUGUAGUAGAAUUACUUGUGCCUGAGCUUAGAAGACGGGGCAUAUAUCCUGAGGCUGUUGAGCCUGGAUUGACGGCACGUGAGAGGGUUUAUGGGAAGGGUCAGACUCGGUUGAGAGAUGACCAUGCCGGGAGCAAAUAUAAGUAUGAGGUAUACCUAGAGGAGGAACCUUACGCUACGUAG